CAGAAAUAGCAAAGAGUGAGAGAACAGGAGCAGGAAAAAGAGGCAGGGGUGAGAGUUAAAAACACGUGGGGGGAGGCAAAGGGAAGAGAGAUCAUGGAGCUGCUCCUGUGGCUCUGGUCCCAGCUUCGAUCCUGCGGGAACAACCUCCCAGCACUGGGCAUAGCCCUCACAGUCUUCGCUCUGCUAUUUGAUUUCCUGAAGCGCAGGAAGAGCUGGAGUCGCUACCCACCAGGGCCGACCUCUCUGCCAUUCAUUGGGACCAUGCUGCAGAUCGAUUUCCACAACCCGCACCGCUCCUUUACCCAGCUGAGUAAAAAAUAUGGAAAUGUCUUUAGUCUCCAGAACUGCUGGAGUAAUAUGAUAGUAGUGAAUGGAUUCAAAGCAGUAAAGGAAGCAUUGGUCCAGAAAUCAGAGGACUUUGCUGACCGACCAUACUUUCCUAUACAUGAGCAGUUGGGUUAUGGAGAGAACUCCGAAGGGGUGGUGCUUGCAAGAUAUGGUCAUGCCUGGAAGGUGCAAAGGAGAUUUGCACUCUCCACCUUGAAGAACUUUGGGAUGGGAAAGAAAU